AUGUCCAGUGGUGAAUCCCACUCAGUGACUUCAAGUGAUACGAUGGAUGAGCAAUGGGCUGAGUAUUUAGGUAAUUACGUUUACGAUGAGGUUGAACAGAAUGUUGAUCUCAGUGACAUUGAAAGUGAUGAAGGUGAAGAAGAGAUGGAUGAAAAUUUCGGUGAUCCCGUGGUUGAAGAAAAUGGCAUUUCAUUCAAUUAUCGUGUCACUGCUGCUUGUGUAAGAGGAAAGAAUGUUUUCCACUUUCCAUCUAAUGUUGCUGCCAAUUGGUUAUUGCCGUUGCAAACUGAGAUAGACAUUGUCGAUGUUCAUACCGAUGCUGUUUACCCAUGUGUGUUGAAGACUGGUAGGAGGCCAGGGGAGAGAUAUCUUUGCUUAGGUUGGUAUGAGUAUGUUAAAGCAACUCGUCUGAGGGCUGGUGAUGUUCUUGAGUGCACUGUGGCAGAUCCUCCUACAAGAAUGUUUGUUCGUUUUAUGAUGUAAUACGAAUAAUUUUAGGCGUAUAAUUAAACUUGGUUGAAGAUGGAAAGUAAUUUUCUUUGAUGUUUUGUUAAGUAGUUGGUAUGUAGUUUGUUUUGAUGUUGUCUGUUUUGGUGUUGAAAUGAAUCAAAUGUUGAGUUUCAUUAUGUACGUUUGCAGUGUA